AUGAAGAUCGCGAUCUUCGGAGCCACCGGCAGAACCGGGCGGGUCACGCUGGGGCUGGCGCUGGAGCAGGUUCGAGUCUCGGUCCCGAUCCCAAAUCCCGAUCCUGGAUCCCGGUCUCGAUCCCGUUCCCGCUUCGAUCCGGUUCGGUUCGGUUGGGUUCGGUUCACGGCACCGGGGAUGAAGAUCGCAAUGUUCGGAGCCACCGGUAGAACCGGGCGGGUCACGCUGGGGCGUGCGCUGGAGCAGGCCCCUACCUGUGGGAUCAUCGCCCCCCGCAUCGCGCAGGAGCAGGAGCUGAGCAUGGAGAGCAGGGAGGAGAAAUGCCCGCGGCAGGAGCUGGUGGAAGAGGCCGUUUUGAGCGGCUCCACGGCGCAGGAAGGCAACGGGGAGGAAAAGGCGCGGAGAUGCCGCACGAGGAGGGGCUGCAAAGGCAGCUGGCGGGGAUGUGAGGGGGAAAGAGGCGGCCUGGGCCGGGAAGGCGGCCGGAGAUGGAGCCAGAGCUCGGAGCUGGUGCUCCGUGAGCAGCUCCGUGAUGGGGAGAAGCCCCACACGUGCGGGGAGUGUGGGAAGAGCUUCAGGUGGAACUGCGGACUGAUCGAACACCAGAGGAGCCACACUGGGGAGAGGCCCUACGAGUGUGGGGAGUGUGGGAAGAGCUUCAGCAUCAGCUCCCACCUGAUCAGGCACCAAAGGAUCCACACUGGGGAGAGGCCCUACAAGUGUUCCAAGUGUGGGAAGGCGUUUCAGAGCAGGUCCCAUCUCAUCGAGCACUAUCAGACUCACACAGAGGAGAGGCCCUUCCAAUGCCCUGAGUGUGGGAAGGGAUACAAGAAGAACUCCACCCUCAUCAUUCACCGGCGCAUCCACACAGGGGAGAGGCCGUACGAGUGUGAUAAAUGCAGGAAGAGGUUUCAGACCAGCUCUCAUCUCCUCCUGCACUAUCGGAUUCACUCAGAGGAGAGGCCGUUCUGCUGCCCCGACUGUGGGAAGGGAUUCAAGUACAACUCCAUCCUCGUCACCCACCGGCGCAUCCACACUGGGGAGAGGCCCUACGAGUGUCCCCAGUGUGGGAAGAGCUUCUCCAGGAGCUCUCACUUGACCCAACACCAGCGGAGGCACCGGUAAGGGAAGCCCUGCGAGUGCCCCGAGUGCGGGCAGAGCUUCGUGCGCUGCUCCAGCUCCAUCCCCCACCGGAGGAGGCACUUUGGGCACAGCCCUGGUCACUCACAUUCCCUGUGAUCCAUGCUGG